UAGGUGUGUAUGAUUGAUACUGCUCAGCUGGCCGAAUUCAACUAACCAUAUGACGACUCUCAGUCACGUGGGACUGACCGUUGUCACGGUAACCGUAAACUACCAGAGAGCGCACAGUCAGUCUGCAGUGUAGAAGUUGAGACGAGAGAGAAUAAUGUCGGACGUAGGGUCGGAUGAGUUUGAUGAUGAGCGCAGUAAAGUCGGGGAAUAUGAAGGAGACAGAAAUGAAGCAGGAGAGAGACACGGAGUCGGGAAAGCUGUCCUGCCCAACGGAGACGUUUAUCAGGGACAGUACGAGCACGGCACGAGGCACGGACAGGGGACAUAUCGCUUCAAGAAUGGGGCGAGAUAUGUGGGAGACUAUCACAACAACAUGAAACAUGGACAGGGCACCUUCUACUAUCCAGAUGGCUCUAAAUAUGAAGGGUCGUGGGUGGAGGACCUGAGACAGGGCCACGGGGUCUACACCUACCCCAACGGAGACACGUAUGAUGGAGAUUGGCUGCAUCACAUCAGGCACGGCCAGGGCAUUUACCAUUACCAGAAGACGGGCUCCCAGUACCGGGGCUCCUGGCUGAACGGCAAGAUGGAGGCAGCUGGAGAGUACAUCCACUCUAACGCUAGAUACAAAGGCAACUUUGUCAACAGUAAUCCGUGUGGCCCGGGGAAGUAUGUGUUCGACAUCGGCUGUGAGCAGCAUGGGGAAUACCAGCAGACAGAGCAGGAGCGAGCUGAGGGCGAGUGGGGCGAGUUGGCCUCCACCACUGUCAUCAAGUGGAUUCCCAAGUGUGUCACCGGCCUGACGCUGUGGACUCCAGGCAAAGACACUUCAGGUGGGGAAAAGGAAGCGGCUGUAGCAGAGAAGUGAGCUGUGUGACCAAUCCACAAUCCUGCGUCUCUCAACCUGUUUACGAAGCAAAAUAACAUGUGUUCCUAAAUAUGAAAAUAAAUCUGUUAAGUUUGA